UAUGAAUUUAAAGAAACUGUUGGACGUGGUGCUUUUGCUAAUGUCUACAGAGCUAUCAAUAAGAUAACAGGAGAUGAGGUUGCCAUUAAGGAAAUUUUCAUAGAGGAUGACGAUGAUAUUCUGGAAUUAAUGUGCGAAAUUGAUUUGCUCAAGAUUUUGAAACACAAGAACAUUGUCAAAUAUCAUGGCUUUAUAAAGAAUGACAAAAAAUUGUUGAUAUUCUUGGAAUAUUGCUCUGGAGGUUCGUUGAGGAAUGUAUACAAGAAAAAGGGACCUUUGACUGAAAAGAAAGUUGUAAAGUACAUGAAACAAGUGCUAGAAGGUCUAAUAUAUCUUCAUGGGCAAGGUGUCGUGCAUAGAGAUGUGAAAGCAGCAAAUAUUUUGUUGACCAGUAGAGGUGAUAUCAAACUAACAGAUUUUGGUGUUUCCACAAAAGUUUCCAAUAAUACGAUCAAAACGUAUUCAAUUGCUGGAACCCCAAACUGGAUGGCUCCAGAAAUCAUAUCAAUGGAUGGUACUUCGACAGCUUCAGAUAUUUGGUCAUUAGGUGCUACAAUUGUUGAAUUAUUAACAGGUGAACCUUUAUACUCUCAUUUGAAUGAAAUGGCUGCUCUUCAUGCAAUUGUUACAGAUGACACCCCACCAAUACCAACAUUUAUAUCAAGCGCUUGCAAAGAUUUCCUACUAAAAUGUUUUGAAAAACAACCAAGUCAAAGAGUUGGUGCUAAAGAUCUACUGAAACACCCAUGGCUC